AUGAAUUUCUGGGUGUUACGCCGACGAGAUCGCCGACUUCUGCAGGAUUCAAAAGUCAUCCCUACAAACCAUGUCGCUGCCCAACACCAUUUGCUCGUCAUGGACUUGAAAAUCUCCCGUCCAAGGAAGAGACAUCCAAGGACUGAAACACAGCGCAUCAAAUGGUGGAAUCUGAAGGAUCGAAAGGAGCUAUUUUUCGCGUCCGUGGCUCCAUCUACACUUCCCCACAAUAAUCGUAGUGCGGAGAAAAUGUGGUCGUCUACUUCCAGCAUUAUACGCUUGACCGAGGAUAACACUCUGGAAAAGACGGCUCUGGGUAAGCCCAAUAUACAAAAGGUUACGUGGUUUUGGAACGAGGACGUUCAGGCAAUAAUUCGUGAGAAGAAGUCCAAGUAUAAGCUCUGGUGGAAGACACGUCAGUCCGAAGAUCGGAGUGCUUACCUAGCGGGGAAGAGUGCGGCUAAGAAGGCACUCUCCAAGGCGAAGUCGGACCGCUUCAAGGCUGAGUAG